UCAAAAUGGCCGCCGCCAUCUGAAAACAUGAACUUUGCCCUAAAACUUCAAUAUUUCUGCAAUAAACCUGCCUUGUUUUGUUGUUUGCUAAAGAGAGGAGGAUCCAGAGAAAUACUUGUGAGAAGUAUGAGCACAACAGGGAAGCCAAAUGUGUAUGUGACCCGCAAGAUACCUCAGAAAGCGUUGGACUUGCUGCAGGGAGAAUGUAAUGUGUCCCAGUGGGCUGCUGAUGACCCUGUACCCAGGGUAGAACUGCUGAAGGGAGUGAAGGGAGUAGAUGGGCUGUACUGUCUGCUGACAGAUAAGAUUGAUGCAGAGGUGCUGGAUGCAGCAGGACCAGGACUGAAGGUAGUCAGUACCAUGUCUGUGGGAUACGACCACGUUUCACUACCAGAACUCAGGAAACGGAAGCUUCCACUAGGCUAUACUCCAGAUGUUUUAACAGAUGCAACAGCAGAGCUGACUGUUGCCUUGCUCCUCACCACAAGUAGGAGACUGGUAGAGGGAGUCCAUGAGGUCAAAAGUGGAGGAUGGGGCACAUGGAUCCCCCUGUGGAUGUGUGGUUCAGGACUAUCUGGCAGUACAGUAGGGAUUGUAGGUCUGGGCAGGAUAGGUGCUGCAGUAGCUGAAAGACUGAAACCAUUUGGAGUGUCACGGUUUCUGUACCAUGGCAGGAACCCCAAACCAGAGGCAGCUGGCAGGGUUGGAGCUGAGUUUGUUGGACUUGAUGAACUGUUGUCAGAGUCUGACUUUGUGAUUGCCACCUGUGCCCUCACACCUGAGACCAAGGAGAUGUUCAACAAGACUGUCUUCAGCAGGAUGAAGUCUUCUGCCAUCUUCAUCAACACAAGCAGAGGAGGUGUUGUACACCAGGAGGACCUGUAUGAAGCCCUGAAGAGUGGAACCAUCAAGGCAGCAGGACUGGACGUCACCACACCAGAACCGCUACCUACUGACCACCCGCUCCUAACCCUGGACAACUGUGUCGUCCUGCCACACAUUGGCAGUGCUACAGUAGAGACGAGGACAGAGAUGGCAGUCUUGGCUGCACGGAACCUACUGGCUGGACUUAAGGGAGAGAAGAUGCCGGCACAGGUUCAACUUUGACCCAGAAACAGCAUCGUAAAAUGUCAGAUGUCGUAUCUUUGUGGUAAAUUAUGUCCAAAUCAAAAUAUGGUGUAGAUACUAAUUUGUUGGUGCAUGCUUAACUUAAUCAUGGUUAAAAAUGCUGUAUCUGAAUUAUUUAUGAUCAUGAAAAUCUACAUAAAUGACAAAAGUAUGUUGAAGGCAGCACAACUUUAUUUUAUUAUAUGGAGGCAAUGUAAUGGUCUUGUAAAAGGUACUGAAACAAUUUGUAAAAGUAGCAUUUUCAAAAAUGUUUGCUCCCUAAGAAAUCUUGAAUUGCAUGGAAAAAAGGUUAAGGUUGCAAGGAUACAACAGAGACCAUGCAAAUGUCUACUUUAUUAAGAUUAAAGCACAAGUGAUCAAACAAUUUAUUUUGCUGGUCUUCCCUUUGUACACCCAUUAUUAAUUUAUACAAUGUACCCAUCAGGGCCACAUAAGUACAUGUCUUACAAGUCAUUUUCCAAAUGUCAGGGCACGAUGUAGGUCAGCUUGUUUCUGAAGGUACAGUCAGUCAUGCACACAUGCUGUAUA